AUGGCAACUCAGCCUAAGUUGAUCUUUUUCACCGAUUUCGAUGGAACGAUCACCGUUGACGAUAGCAAUGACUUCAUGAUUGACAACCUCGGUUUUGGCCGCGAGCGUCGCCAACAAUUGAACGAGAAGGUCCUCGAUGAGACCCUUGGGUUCCGACCCCCCUACGACGAGUGUAUCGCGACACUUUUGAAGAACAUGAAGCUGGACCCAUACUUCGAGAAGUUCUACUACUGGGCCCGUGACAACAAUGUUCCUAUCGUCAUUCUGUCCUCCGGCAUGAAGCCCAUCAUUAGUGCGCUGCUCGAGAAGUUCCUCGGCCACAAGCCCGGAAACCACCUUCACAUCGUCUGCAACGAGGUGGUGCCCCGCGACGGCAAGGAUAUCAACAGCGAGGGUGGCUGGCAAAUCCAGUACCACGACGAGAGCCACUUCGGCCACGACAAGUCCAUUGAGAUCAAGCCCUACGCUGCUCUGCCGGACAGUGAACGCCCAGUUCUUCUGUACGCCGGUGACGGUGUGUCCGAUUUGUCGGCUGCCGCGGAGACCAACCUCCUAUUCGCCAAGGCUGGUAAAGAUUUGGUGACUUUCUGCGAGCGCCGAGGCAUGCCCUACACAACCUUCCAGGACUGGUCUACUAUCCUGUCGACCACCCAAGAUAUCCUUGCCGGUAAGGUGUCACCCGCUGAUGUCGCCACCAACAGUGCAUAG